GGUGUGAUAAACAUGGCUUCAACAACUGGGAUGUCAGCGCCGGCUUUCGGGCGUAGCGGUGUCGCUGCCUCCCUGACAGCGGCUGAUGACGGCGAGCGGUUCGCUCCGGCGGGCUUGGAUCGUUGGAGGCUCGGGGUCGCGUCGGACGCCGAGAAACAGUUUUCCCGCAGCGCCGCUAAACUCCGAUCCGUGCGAGCGGACUCAGGCCAACUCCCAGAAGAGCUCAACCUGGUGUUUGACCAGCUCAUGUCGGAAAACUACAACAAAACCCUUUACCCCAACAUCGACAUCCGACCAGAGGAUGUGUGUACUCUGCUGAAACGUGCCGUCUCUCUUGUGCCGCUGACUCAAGAACAUUUAGUCAUCAAACUCUGCCAGUUAAUACAUCAUCUGCUCUAUCAGCUCAAGGUCAUAAUGGAUGAACAGACAUUGAUUGUGCUGCUGAAGUAUACAUCCAGUGCAUUGAAAGUGUGCAGUACAUGGACACACGCCGACGUCCUCCUGGCACUCUCCACAGUAGUGUAUGGGAAUGGACCUCAGUGCCACCAGCAACUCAGUGAACUUCUGCUUGAAGAUGGCGUCCUUCUUCUGUAUAGUGCUCCAUCUCAGCCAAAUCUGGAACUACGUCGUGUUGCUCUCACCUGUUUAGCAAACAUGUUUUUCAGGAUCCCUGGUCAGGCCCCUCUGGAUGAUCAAUACAGAAGUCUAUGUUUCAAAGUCUUUCUGAAAAAUCUACAGUCACCCAUGCCCCCCGACACUGAUGAGCUCUUCUACUGCAUGGUGAUCCAGUCAGCGCUGAAGGGACUUCACUGUUGUCUGUCAGGUGGCAGGUGGAAAUUUGGUGGAGUGGAGGAGCUUGGAUCUGUGCUGGCCACAAUUAAGAGGCUCAUGUUCCAGGCAGUUCCAGGGGUGAACGUCGAGUGGCCGGCUGUGCUUUACCCAGCUCCUCUUCCUCAGUAUGAAGGUCUUUCUGCACCAAAACCUGCCGAACCACCAGAAACCCCUGAACCAAAAAAGGAUGCUGCCGUGCCGGGCAAAACCUCAGGGAAUAAAAAGAAGAAGUCCAGAGGAAAGGCGAAGAAGACGAGCACCGAGCAGAGCAGAGGGGAUGAUGGAGAAGAAAUGUUUGCAUUUAAGAAAGAAGGUGGGGAAGAGGGAGGAGAGUCGUUUGCUACACCCUCCGAUCCGUCUUUCUACCCGUCCUGGAAGCUUAAGAGUUCUGACUCUGAGUUUUCCGAUGCAGAGGGCAACGCACAGAGCAAAUUGAGAUGUCAUCAUGGUCGUGUGCGUCAGGGAGCUGUGCAGUGUAUGCUAGCGCUGGUGAAAAGUGUAGAGAAACGGAUGCUGUAUGGGUAUUGGUUCUCCUUCAUCCCUGAAUCUCCUAUUGGCGGACCACCACCUCUCACUCUGCUCACAAUUAUACUGAAGGACCCAUCACCAAAGGUACGUGCGUGUGCACUUCAGGUAUUAUCAGCCAUGUUGGAUGGCUCCCGUCAGUUCCUGGCUGUGGCUGAAGAUACGGCGUCUCCUCGGUCAUCUUACACACCUUUCUCCUUCUCACUGGCCACGACCAUCAGAGAGCUGCACCGUGCUCUGAGUCUUGCGCUGGUAGCUGAGACCGCUACUCAGACACUCAUACAGGUCUUUAAGUGUCUGGCCUGUCUGGUGUUUAACGCUCCCUACCACCGUCUCAGACCUGGCCUACUCAGCCCACUCUGGAAGCAGAUGCGUCCUUAUUUGGGCCACAGAGACGUGAAUGUGCGUGUGUCCGUCCUGACACUUUACGGGGCUCUGGUGCUGACUCACGCUCCUUUCCCUGAGGUGCAGCUCCUCCUCCAACAGCCAGAAAGCAGCAGCGGCUCCUUCACACAGCAUGACUCUGCACUCAGCUGGAGACGGAGAGAGGGAGAGUCGUCACCAUCGUGCACACCUCUCACACCCUCCCAGCGCAGCUCGUGCACACACUCCCCCCGCGUGCUUCAUACACCGGGGGAGGAGGACAGCUCACCGCCGUGGCUGCUGCAGCUCUGUAUGUCGCUGGUGACUCAGCCCAGAGAGGACCACCAGUCAGACAGCGAGGGAGCAGGAACAGGAGGAGGUGCAGUUUUAGAGCCAGCCCCUAUCCUAGUGGAAGCUUUACAGCUCCUGUCCCACCUGGUGCGCGGCUACUUUUCUCUAGUGCAAGCAUGUCUGUUAGAUAUUGGGCAGAUGUGCGCUCACUGCCUUGGAGAGUCAAACCCCUUCAUGCAACUGCACGCGACAAAGCUACUAGUGGAGUUGGGGACGGGAAUAAUCCAGCAGUAUUCAGCAGAGAGCAAAGUGCCUGAGAGCUUGCGGGUCCCCAUGAGCCACGUGGUACAGUUUUGGUCUGAAAUAUUGAGCGGUCCGCUCAAUGGACCGCUGCAGAAUGAACAACACACCAUGCUGCAGAUGAGCGCGUGCGACUCGCUCUCCUCCAUACUGCCGCAGGCCUUCGCACAACUGCCUGACAAGACCCAGAUGAUGUGCGUCACUGUCCUGCUGGGACUGACAUACAGUGAAAAAUAUCUGGUGAAGAAGUCAGCUGUUAGGGCUCUGGGAGUCUACAUCCUGUUCCCCUGUCUGAGAGAGGAUGUGAUGUUCUUGGCAGAUACAGCAAACACUGUCCUCGCCGCCCUCAGCGAUCGAUCUCCAAACGUCCGUGCCAAGGCGGCCUGGACUUUAGGAAAUCUCACAGACACGCUUACUGUCAAUAUUGAGAGUGUUGGUGUUGACUUCCAAGAGGAGCUGUCAGACAUGCUGCUGCUCAAGAUGUUGCAGGCAGCUACUCAAGCAUCAGAUGACAAGGACAUAGUGAAGUCUCACGCAGUGCGAGCGCUCGGGAAUCUGCUUCGUUUCCUGCGAGAGAGUCAGCUGACCAAGUCGGCCUUUCAGCGCCCACUGGAAGACGCCGUCCGCGCUCUUGUAAAAACUGUCCAAGCAGAGGCCAUUAUGAAGGUCAGAUGGAACACCUGCUACGCCUUGGGAAAUGCUUUCAGGAACCCCGCCAUGCCACUCGACUCGGCCCUGUGGUCUCAGGACGUCUUCUCUGCCCUCUGCCACGUUGUUACUUUCUGUAAGAACUACAAGGUGCGCAUCAAAUCGGCUGCUGCGCUGGCGGUUCCCGCCCGCCGCGGCUGCUACGGGGACAUAAAGCAGUUCAGUUUUGUGUGGCAUUCCCUGGCCACAGCGCUCGAGAACAGUGAAGACACAAACGACUUCUUGGAGUACCGCUACUGUGCCAGCCUGCGACACACACUCUCACAAGCGCUACUGCACCUGCUCAGCGUCAGCCAGUCUCAGGAUAUGCCCGCCCUCGGGGCAUCGAUGGACAGCGAGGAGGGGUGUACCAUCAAAAAGCAUUUGACCAGAUGUAUCAGAGCAGAGGAUGGAGGAGGAGAGUUGGAGGGAGAGAAAGAAAUGGGGGGAAACAGUUUCAACACUCAGCAGAGAAUUGAGCAUCUGCAGCUGACUCUGACCGGAGUAAAGGAGUUGAGGGCUGAAGGGGAUGGACGGAGAGAGGAGGAGAGGGGUAAGGACAUAGUCGUCAGUUUUCUGGAGGAUUGUUUGAAGACCUGUGAAGAGCAGUUAGAGCUACAGCAAUAGGUUCCGGAAAACUGAAGUCUGGAGUCACAAAGGCUCCUGGAGGACAGAAGAUGUUCAACCACACACCUAAUCAGUGUGUAGUGACUGAAUCAAUGAAUGUGAACAUGUGUUUUUAUUCCACAAAAUGUACUAUAUCAUGUAAGCCAAAUGAUUAACUGAAGUCCUUGAUACACCCUGAUAUCUAAACAGAGUGAUGGUCCAACUGGAAUUAAAAAAUAUAAAAUAAAUCUAAGUGCUCCACAUUAAGCACAUACACAUUUCA